CAAUUUAUUGACCAGCAGAGGGCGGAUUUUCCUUAUUCAAUUUUUGACAUUACGAAAGGAAGGAACCAUUGAGGUAGUUGCCCUUGUUUUGGGCGGAUGUUAUAUAGUGAUACACCAAGCAUGUUACAUGACCUGCAAAGUCUGUGGUACCGACUGAGAUGGAAUGAGAGGACCUCAACAUGUCAACAACUGGACAGCGUCUUUUCUGCCUUCUGGCCCGUUAUCAAACAUGUCGAGGGAUUUUUAUCAAUGGAAAUCACACAAUGUCGAGUCACCCCGUUCCAGCGCGUACGCUGUCGGCAUCCCAGAGCCUGUUGGCAAAGAAGCCAGUCGUUGAUGAUGACGAGGAAACAAAUCAACCCAUCAAGUUUACCACCAGCAAAGCCAGCCACCGGAGUUGGAGCGUGGAUCGCUCCCUCGGAAGCACCUAUCAGCGACCAUGGUGGAGAGUUUUGCCAUUUAGUGUAGUGGGCGUUGGAUUCGUAGUCUGGUGCUUCUGGAGGAGCGAAACAGAGGUUGACCAGAUUCUGGAAAAGGAGCUGUACGACCACAUACCUGGCUUGCUAGCUAACGAGGAGGAAGAAGAAGAGGAAGCCGGACAAACGAGAUGAUGAACAGGGAAAAUGACUUUUUUUUGCGCAGCUUUUAUCACUGAUAUGAUGACAAAUAUUUAUUUUUCUUUUGAUGAAAGUUAAAUGGAUGCAUUGCUCUGAUUUCUACAAGUGUCUAUGAAGGUGGUGAUGGCCGUCCAAGUGUCUCGACUGCAGCAGUGAACUGGUGGCAAAAUGAAAGUGAGGCUUGCGUUAUGCAAGAUUACAACUGUAUGUAUGUGUUUGAUUCACACAAUAUUGUCUCGCUGAUGAGGCCAGAAGCCGGUAGCCUACAACGGUUUCAUUUCCACGGACGUCUGUUGAUGUACAUAUGCCAUGGUUGAAUUAAACUUACUGUUGGAGUUGA